CCCCUAUGUGACAGGGUGAUCUUGGUUAGAAAAGCGUGGUUUGUGCCGACAGCUGAUUUAAGGAGUGUGAUAUAAAAUUGCCAGCACCCUCUGUAAUCAGAACAGUUUAACACUCCACCUUCCAAGCAUGUUUAAAUUUAAUUUCGAUGUGGAGGUGGAAUCCUCUGAAGAUCCAGAGGCCGUUAAAACUGAUAUUUUCAGCAAGCAGGAGAAUGCGGAGGAACGUGAAUCCGAGAACACAAAGGAUAUUGAAUGGUACCAGUCGGAGAAGGUAAAGCCACUAGAUAACCUCAUUUCCACAAUGGAUUUCUAUGAGCUAAAUGCCAAGGAAAUGGAGGUGGGGAAAACAACAAUAAAACAUCUUGUGGCCGGGUUUCUGCUGGAGGAUUUAAAAGAGCAAUCCCAAUUGGUAAACCUGGAUCUCAGGAAGUCUGAGGAAAAGCAUUCAGAUCUCAUUUCCGGUGUCUACGAGGGCGGUGCUAAAAUAUGGGAAUGCACAGAGGAUCUUUUACUAUAUCUAUCCGAAAAGUAUGAGGACUCAUUCUGGAAGGAUAAAAGGGUCUUGGAUUUGGGAUGUGGAUGCGGAUUGCUGGGAGUUUAUGUGAUGAAACAUGGCGCACGGGUGGAUUAUCAGGACUAUAACAAAGAUGUGUUGGAAUACAUUACAUAUCCAAAUAUCCUGCUAAAUUUAGAAGACUCUUUAUCUGAAGAUGAAAAACUUAAGUUUUUGGACAAAAGUACAACCUUAUAUUCCGGAGAUUGGACUAAUUUCGCCGAACUAACAAGGGAUGAAGAGAAAUACGAUGUGAUACUUACCUCAGAGACUAUAUACAAUAUUGAAAAUCAGCAAAAGCUCUUGGAUACCUUUGCUGGUCGCUUGAAAUCCGAAGGAGUCGUUUUGGUUGCUGCAAAAUCGCAUUAUUUUGGAGUGGGUGGUGGCCUGGAACAGUUUUCAGAAAAAAUAAGACUGGGAAAUGUUUUCCAAAGUGAAAGUGUUUGGCAGGCAGAGGAAAACUUAAAAAGAGGAAUCUUACAAUUGAAAUUUAAAUAAAAUGUAUUUUGAAAUUAA